AAAAAACAAUACAAAAAUAUUCAAAAAGCAGUUGCCUCGACCCCUCCUGUUCGCAGAAAAGUCCACAUCGCAGUAACGACCCCCCCAUAACCCCAGAAAAUCCAAUGUCCGUAUCUCCUUCUGUCGCUCAGCCUCAAGAGGCUCUCGUCCCUCAGGUUUCCGAGGCGGCGCCCACGCCCGCGCCGCCUCCUGCGCCUGCGGUUAUGCCGCCUGUUCCGGCAUACAACCCGGCACCUCCUCCUCAGGCGUCCGCCCCUUCGGCCUCGCUCUAUGUUGGUGAGCUUGAUCCGACGGUGACCGAGGCCAUGCUCUUUGAGAUUUUCAACUUGCUUGGACCUGUCGCGAGCAUUCGUGUCUGCCGCGAUGCUGUCACCCGUCGUUCCCUCGGUUACGCCUAUGUAAACUAUCUCAACGCUGCAGACGGCGAGCGUGCUCUGGAGCAGUUGAACUACUCCUUGAUCAAGGGGCGUGCUUGCCGCAUCAUGUGGUCUCAGCGCGAUCCUGCCCUCCGCAAGACUGGCCAAGGCAAUAUUUUCAUCAAGAACCUCGAUGAACAGAUCGAUAACAAGGCCCUUCAUGACACCUUCGCCGCAUUUGGUAACGUCUUGUCGUGCAAGGUCGCCACCGAUGAGCACGGCCGUUCGAAGGGCUACGGGUUCGUCCACUAUGAGACAGCCGAAGCUGCUGAGACUGCCAUCAAGGCGGUGAACGGCAUGCUCUUGAACGAUAAGAAGGUUUACGUCGGCCACCACAUCUCGCGCAAGGAGCGCGAAUCCAAGCUCGAGGAGAUGAAGGCGCGGUUCACCAACAUUUAUGUGAAGAACAUUGACGCUGAGGCGACUGAGGAAGAAUUCCUUGACCUGUUCAAGCAAUUCGGCAACGUCACCUCAGCUGUGAUCCAGCGUGAUGAUGAGGGCAACAGUCGCGGAUUCGGUUUCGUGAACUUCGAGAAUCACGAAGAGGCUCAGCAGGCUGUCGACACCCUUCACGACUCUGAGUUCAGGGGCAAGAAGCUUUUCGUCACUCGGGCACAAAAGAAGGCUGAGCGCGAAGCGGAGCUUCGCAAGUCCUACGAGCAAGCGAAGAUGGAGAAGUUGAGCAAGUACCAGGGUGUCAAUCUCUACAUCAAAAACCUUGAAGAUGACAUCGACGAUGACAGGCUGCGUGCCGAGUUCGAGCCUUUUGGUACCAUCACUAGCGCGAAGGUGAUGCGCGACGAGAAGGGUACAUCGAAAGGCUUCGGAUUCGUUUGCUUCUCUUCGCCCGACGAGGCGACCAAGGCGGUCGCGGAGAUGAACAACAAGAUGAUCGGUUCGAAGCCGCUUUAUGUCUCCCUUGCUCAGCGCCGUGAGGUUCGUAGGCAGCAGCUCGAGAGUCAGAUCGCACAGCGCAAUCAGAUAAGGAUGCAGCAGGCUGCAGCAAGCGGGCUCGGUGGCUACAUGGGUGGUCCUAUGUACUACCCUCCUGGCCCGGGAUUCCCUCCUCAAGGUGGUCGCGGUAUGAUGGGCUAUGGCCAACCGGGCAUGCUUCCUCCUCGCCCGCGCUAUGCACCUAACGGACAGGUCCCUGGCAUGCCCAUGCCGCCCUACGGCCAGCCUCCUCAAGGAUACCCUGGUAUGUCCGGCUACCCACGUGGCGCUCCCCGCCCUCCCCCGGCUGGCCGUGCUCCUCCUCCAACCGAGCCCAAUGCUCCUGCUAUCAACGGUGCCGUCCCUCGCCCGGCUGGUCCUCAAGGCGCGCCCGCCGCGCGCCCUCCUGCUGCCGUACUCCCUGCUGCCGCUGCUCGUCCGGGGUAUAAGUUGAACCCUCAGACUCGCAACGUCCCUGCUCCAGCCGGUCAAGCAUCUGCUGUCCCGAUUGCGCCUGCAUCUGCACCACCAGCUUCCGCCGUUGAGCCUCUCGCCAUUUCUGCUGCGGCACUUGCCAACGCUUCGCCUAUGGAGCAGAAGCAGAUGCUCGGCGAAGUCAUUUACAUGAAGAUUGUCUCAACUCAACCCGAGCUGGCUGGCAAGAUCACGGGUAUGCUUCUGGAGAUGGAUAAUGCCGAGCUUCUUCACCUUCUGGAGACUCCUGAUGCCAUGAAUGGCAAGGUCAACGAGGCGCUCGCCGUUCUGCACGACUUCUCCCAGAAGGAGACGGCUGCGACCGAAAGCAAGUGAGGGCCGUUGGAAUGCGUGUGUGAGAUAGCGGUCGUGGUGCUUUCUCCGCUCGUUAUUGUUUGUUCUCGUCUUCAGGUCCGUUGACUCGCCCGUUUUCAUCUGCUUGCUCUGUUCGCUCUGUCCUCGUAUAGCGU